UGUGUGUGUGUGUGUGUGAGCGCUCGUAUUUAGCCUACAUAUGAUCAGGUGGUUAAUAAUGACAAAUUAGUUAUUAUUAACCCCUGAUAUGAUGUAUGUAGCGCGUAAUUAUGUCCGGUAGUGGUUUUGCGAUGUCCCAGGCUAUAUCUAUAUGCCUAUCGUCUGCAUCACUUGUUUACAUUCGUCUAGCGUUGUGCAGCUACGACGGAGCGCCUGCUCCCGUCUUCAUGGACGUUUCGGAGAUGGCACCUGUCGGAGAGGUUAUAGGGGUACUCCGUGUACACGGUAGUGACACCGAAAUCCAACUAGAUCAACAGCAUAUUAGCAAGUUGGUUGAGUUCAUACCGGACACGAGAGCAAUAAAGCUCAUCGCGAAUUUACACCUGUGGGUAGACGAGAUAUUUAAUUCAUCUGGUGGCGCAGAGAACUACGACCGAGUUCCACGCAUCGACAUCGGCAUCACCUGCACGGACAAACGUUCCUCUUCUAAGAUUACUACCAUACAGGUAAAAAUUGACGUAAGUGACGUCAACAAUAAGAAGCCAAGAUUUAUCAACACGCCAUAUUUUGCUAAUAUUAGCGAGCUCACGCCCAUCGGAUAUACGAUAUUUGAGAAUGUGAAAGUUAAAGAUGACGACUACAGCUUCCCAAACAAUUUCGUCUUCUUCGCGAUAGAAGAUGGGCCUUUCUCGGAAUAUGCUGAAAUUUCCAACCAAUACCAGGGACGCAUUACUCUCAAAAAACAUCUUGACUUUCGAUCAUUCAGCUCCUUCUACGUUACGGUCAAGGCUCAGGACUCCGGCGUGCCAGCUUUAUUUACCCGGGAAAAUCUAACGGUUGGAAUCAUAGACGAGGACAACCUAAACCCCAUUUUUACAGCUGGCCCGUAUUCUGCUGAAAUCGAGCACAACACACCUGUGGGAAGCGUCAUUCACACAUCACCAUCGCCCAUCCUCGCUGUCGAUCAGGACAAGGGAAUCAUGAGUCCUAUAUUUUACACUAUUGAGUAUGGUUCCAACGGCUACUUCGACAUCGACAACACGACUGGCGGGCUGACACUGAUGGGCCCGCUGCGGCGCGGCAUGCAUUUCUACAUGAUGGUCAAAGCGACUGAGGCGCGCAACGGCGACCACUACGCGACGACGUCGCUGACGGUGACCGUAAAGCGAGCGAACAAGAACGCGCCGAUAUUCCCGCACACCAGCUACCGAAUCGACGUGCUAGAGAACGUGCCCGUCGGCAGCACGGUGAUGAAGAUAGCUGCCGUCGAUGACGACGGGGACGCCGACGAACUUACCUACACGAUUAUAGGCGGCAACCAGAGCGACGAUUUUAUAAUGACAGAAACAGGAGAAUUGAUAACUACCAAGAGGCUGAACUUUCUGCGCACAACAGCCUAUCAGUUCACAGCUCUCGUCUCAGACGGAACGUUUUCUGACCAGUGCAGCGUGCGAGUUGUUGUGGUCAAUGUGAACAACCGCAACCCUGUCUUUGAGCAUCAGAUAUACAACAUCACUGCCAACCGGACGGGAGAUAAAUAUAUUGGAAGCGUUAAAGCUAGCGACCCUACCGGGCGUCGUCUUGUCUACGACAUUGUUGGCUAUAAGAGAUAUUUUAAAGUUACGCCGGAUGGCGAUGUCAUCGCUACAAGUCACAUUAGCGAGUUGAUCGACAGUAGAUACGACCUAACGCUAACGGCUUGUAAUGAGGAAAGCCCGCAGUUAGACGAAGACAUGCGCUGCUCUGUCGCACAGCUCACCGUUUUCUUCCCGACCAAAGACAAGUGAAAAGGUUGACAAAGCUCGCGAAAGAUGACAACGCCACUCACCAGUCUUCCAGAAUCGAUCCACAAAGCCAGCUGUUCGCUGUCAGCGCAUUGGGUUCCGCGCCCGACAAAAAACGAAAACCAGCGGAAAGUAUCGGUGGCACAGCCAGACCGUACUACAAUAACUACGGCGGCUACGCAGCGACGGAACCAGGCGACGACGUCUCGGAUCAGAGCGACCGACCGGUGGACGCGAGCAGUACUGAGAAGCUCUACACGCAAACGAACAAGAGCAGAACGGAUCGACCGCUGACAGAGACGCCUGCCGGCACCCGAGGCGAGCCCAUUGGCAGCACAGGCCAGAGAAGACGGCAGAAGAGAGUGACAAUAGGCGGAGCAGAGGAGGUGGAUGACUGGGGUGGCGAGCAUCCACAGGCCGACUCACAAGUCGAGACAAUAUUGGACCCCAACGUGAGCGUAGAGCCAAUAUAUGACAGCGAAGAUCCGCCGAACAUAGCCAGACCUGAACUGACCAUAUACUUCUAAAAGAAGGGUCAAUGCAAAUAGUUUACAAUAUACACAAUUAACUUCGUCAGUUAGUUGUGUACGUGUACAUAUGUUAUAUAUACCGUAUAUUCUGUACAAUUAUAUUGUUGUAGAUGUGAUAUUGAGAAACUAGUAAAUCAUGUUAUUCAUAGAAAAACACGAUAUUGGAGCACGUCAUCUAUAUUCAAGUCAGAAACCAUCUAGAAGAUAACACGAUUCUAGUCGAUUGCCAGCAUGGUUUCCGUAGCAAUCGAUCCUGCGAGUCCCACGUGAUAACAAUGAACUUAUGACUUUAUAUCUAGCAUCAAAAACAGAAAGUAGGCUGAUGUUAUAAUUAGCUUCUUCAGUAAAGCUGCCAAGGUACAACACAAUCGCUAGUUCCAUGUAGUAAUUAAACGAUUAUGGUAUCCGGAUCCGCCGACACCUAUAACGCUGGGUAGACGCAGUCCUAUCUCAGUUCAGCCAAAAGUUGGCGGUGUACGGCGACUUCUGGGCCAUCGCACUUCAGCAGUACCCCCCAAGGAACGGUUCUGGCCCCGCGUCUUGUCCCUUUUAUCGAUGACCAUUGAGACAGCAUUUCUUCAAAGACCUGCUUAUUUUCCGAUUGCUGUCUCCUAUAGCUUGAGAUUAGUAAUCCGUAAGACACACGAGCUACGUAAUGAACAUCUCACUACUGCGGGAGAGGCAGUGAAAGUACAGAGACCAUAUUCACAAACCCACCCUGGAAUAUGUCGCUUCAUACCCAUAUCUAAGAGUACAACUGGAUAGUUGGGCUCACGUGGAAUAUAUCCAAGUUAAUGGAAAUUUCCAAUGGUACAAAACAGAGCAGGGAGAUUUGUCAUCACCUCGUACGGGAGAUAUGAUGGCAGUACGUGUGUUCUAAGGCAGCAGCUAUGACGGCAGUCUGGGAAAUCGAAAACGCUAUAUCUCAUGCGUUACAAAGUAUGAGGGGUGAAUAAAAACCACGAACGACGAUAUUUCACGUGCUGAAAUAGUUGGGGAGCGGGGCAUACCGUGUUACUUUCUUUGAUGCAAUCGAAUAUCUACGCAUUGUGCUUAUACUAUUGCAUGCUCCCCAGCAGGGGGAACGUUAGGUGUUUUUGCUUCAUCACUCCGUUCAUGCGUGCAGACACGGUUUGCAAUGAGAAACAAAUUGCAAAAUAUAUGAUGUAAAACGAUCGAGGACAAGUUUACCGAAUUAGGUUGAACGAAGUCAAUAUGUGCCAUAUCAAUCAUAAAACAGUAAUGAGAAUAAUAAUAAUAAUAUACUACGUUUUAUUUCAAUUUGCAUUCACCAGAUCAACUAGUAUUGAGAUUACUAUAUACAUACAUACACUAUGUGAGCUCUAUAUUCGUUUUAUCCGCAUAUUUAUAUUCAUUGUUGUUUGUUUUAUAUUUGAUCAUUGUCCAAUACAAUAAACAAAGAUAAUGACAUUACCAA